UUUCAAUUUUCUAGUCUAUAGUGAUCUGUGGUUUCAAUGGUUUCUUUUCCCUAUUGAUUAUAUUUACAAAAAAAUAACAGGAGUCAAACAAUCAGUCAAUCAAGAAAAUUGGUUAAUAACAUAGAUUUAAGACAUAUUAAAGAGUCGAAAAAUUAAAAUUUUUAAACCAAACUACACUAAGAUGCAGUGCUGUGUGCCUUUCUGCGUAAAUACUUCAGACAAUGCGUCAACAUCUGCGGGAACAGGAAUUACCUUUCAUGAGUUACCCAGUGAAGAAAAUCUCCAUGCUGCUUGGCUCAGAGCCCUCGGCACACAAGACCAUCACCUGCCCGACCCUGCUGUGGUCUGCUCACAGCAUUUUUUAGAUGAAGACUUUUAUGAAACAAAGAGUUGUGUAAGGCAGAUUCGCUCCAAUGCUAUACCUACAACAGUGCAGAUGUGCAUGAUAUGCCUGGACACUGACAGCAAGCUGUCUCUAAUGAGUAAACACAAGUUGGAGGAGGCAUAUGAACAGCUAACUGGACUGUCUUUGUUUCAGUUGUGUCAUGGAGGAAACCUGAAGCAAACACUCUGUGUGCUGUGUGCUCAGAGAUUGAUUAACUUCAGUAGAUUUAGAGACUUGUGCUUGAGAGCCCAUUCACUGAUGACAGACUUACUUGCACAAGAUGAAUUAAUUACAAUACAACAUAUAGAAUUCAUAAACAGUACAGCAAAACAUCUGAAGUUUAAUUUGACACAAACCAAAUUAGCAGCUGAUCACUGUGACUUGUACGUAGAUCACACUGAUGAAGAGGAACAGACAGCAGCAGAGGAAUCUGUAGUGGGAGAUGUUGCAACAGCUGUGCUGAAGAAUGAAAACAAAUUUUGCUCCUUGUCUCAUAAAGAUGACAAUUGCAACAAAGACUGUGGUUCUAAUAACAAUUACUCCAAUAUCAGCAUAAAGUUGGAACCAUAUUCACUGGAUGAAGAUAUAAAUGUAUCACUUCAUGCAAAAGCAGAAGCUUCUUGUACUACAGUUACAAAACAUGUUCCCAAAACAGAAAUUAAGAUUGAAAGUGUUACAUUUGGAUGUACAUUUUGUUCCGAAGAGUUUAUGCGAGAGAAUGAAUACUAUGAACACAUGAACGAGCAUCUCAAGGAAGCUGGCGGCGACGCUGCAUGUGAUGCAUCACAAGUGUGCGAGCCUCGUGCAGCUGUGAGCCGCAGCGGUGACUCACUCGUGCUGCAGAACAAGACAGGAAGUCGGAGGCUGAACGAUGUCCCUCCCCCGGCUGCAGACUGCGCUCAGGCUUUAGUCGCUCCACUGUCCGCGAGACUUGCGGCAAACAACGACUACAAAGUGCAGGCAACUGAAGAAGCAGCUGCGACCCGGAAAACUGAACAAAUCCUUGAGACUGACAUUAGAGAUCUGGACAACCCAUCAUCUCAGAGUGGCACUAAUAUAUAUAAAGAUAUAAAUAGAUUCACAAACCGUAUAGUAGAAGUCUGUGAUAGUUUCAAGAAACCCAAGAAAACUGAUAAGAAUCCACGUGUGAAAACCGACACUAGUGCUAAGCCACACUCUUGUGAGAUGUGCAAUUAUAGAACUGCCAAGAAAAGUGAUUUUAUUCGUCACAUGAGAACACACACUGGCGAAAAGCCUUUUUCUUGUGGUAUGUGCAAUUAUAAAUGUGCAAAUAAACAUCAUUUAUUAGAUCACAUGAAAACGCACACUGGCGAAAAGCCUUUUUCUUGUAAGAUUUGCAAUCAUAAAUGUGCAUAUAAACAUAAUUUAUUAGAUCACAUGAAAACGCACACUGGCGAAAAGCCUUUUUCUUGUGAGACAUGCAAUUAUAAAUGUACACAAAAAGAUCAUUUAUUACGUCACUUAAGAACCCACACUCGAGAAAAGCCUUUUACUUGUGAGAUAUGUAAUGGCAAAUUUGCUUAUAAAAGCACAUUAUUGAGGCAUAAGAUGAGAAUGCACACUGACAAGCCUCUAGAGUAAUUGUGAUAAAAUAGUUUAGCCAUAUACAAGAAGUUGUUGGAAAUGCUCGAUUGCCCGAGCACUUGUUCACUGACCCUGGUGAAAAGUCUGUGUCGUGAAAGAUAUGCAAUACUGUGAAUGGUAAUGAUAUUAUACAAAUUAAUGAAUGACAAAGAUGUAAAGUACUCGUACUUCAGCGCUGGACAAGUUUCGCUGAUACAUAUCUUAGCUUAACACCUCCUAACGGUUGUUGAAUCAUUUAGUGUUAAGCGGCGCGCAAACUUUAUUUAGGAAAACUGCCAUCUUUAGUUCAAAGCAUAGUGUGAAGUACUACACAGUCACAUGUAUACGUGUCGGCGCGAGUGAUUUAUUUGAUCGUUUGGCUCGUGGUAAUGAGCCGAGAUAAUGAAAAGUGUUCCGUGUGUGUGGGCCAACCUCCGGUGCCCGCGCGAAUUGAUCAGGGGCCCAUCAGCUGAUCAAGUGGGUGGUCGGGUGCUCGAAAUACGGUGCUACACCGCGAAACGACAGGCUUCAGCUUUGGUGAGAUAGGCAAUGAACUACUUAGGGUCAAAAGGUCGAGAGUUGACCUAGGUUGGUUGACCCUAGCUGACGGCUAGAACGUGUGCAAAAAAGAUUUAUGUGGCAUCUAUCAUACUCAGCCAAAAUUCAUAAAACAGUAGUUUCAUAUAGGAAAAGGCUCAAGUGUUUUAAAAUGAUAACCCUCGAACAAAGACGGGAUUUGUUAGACCUAAUAUUCUUAUAUAAACUGCUAAGAAAUAAGUUAGACUGCCCUGAGUUAUUAGGUAAAAUAAAUUUUAGAGUGCCAUAUAGAUAUCCGCGUUCUGCUAUUACUCCACUUUUUCCACCUCACACCAGGACAGUUUUCGGCGCCAACUCCAUCUUCCCUCGGCUAUGUAAACUGUAUAAUAAGUUAGUGGUUCACUGGAUGUCAAUUCAAAUUCGCCAAACACAUUUCGCAGGUUAAUCAUUAGUAACCUGGUUAGCCAAGUAUGACUGGCUUAUUUUAUUAGUUUCGUUUCCUUGCAUUUUCUUACUAUUUAUUGUUUAGUUUUUUCUAUUAAUUUUUGAUUAUAUAGUUUUAGAUACAGAAAUACAUAUUUAAUUUUUUUUUUUGCUUUUAAUUAGGUUUAUAUUUAAGAUACUUUAGAUUUAUAUUUAAGUUUUAAAAUAUAAGUAUUUUGUUUUGUAACAUUAUUAGAUGAAAGUGGUUUUGCAAGCAAUGUUUGUUUUAAUACGAUUUUGCUAAGCAUGUUAGUUAAUAAGUUGAUUUUUUUGUAUGUGUAUAUGUAAAAGUCGCUAACAAACUUAAUAAAUAAAUAAAUAAAUAAAUAAACUUAUCAAACUCAAACUGUGACGAAGAAAAUACACAAAAAGCCGUGUGCGACCUAGACAAGAAAAAGAUCGGUCAGCUGAAAACGAUUUUCAUAGAGAGUUUCACAAACAUUACGAAUUUUUGUCAGCAGCCACUCAACAUGAACGUUUACUGGUAAUACGGCAAGAUGUUACGGAACUAACAAAUUAAAUGUAAUUUUUAAAAAUCUACCGCAAACUCAAAAUAUACUACACAACAACAAGAAAAAACCUAAACCGUCCUCUCAAAGUGUGUACCUAUGUUGUUGAUGUUUUUUUGUAUAGACAGAGAUUAGAGAAAGAACAUCAUCGAUUGCAAAUAUUAGACAAUCUGUAAUUGAUGAUGUUCUGUGGUACCAGAGAGUAACAGUUGUGAAUUGAAGAUUGUACGCCUUGGAGAUAUGUGAAUCUAAUUUAUAUAAAUUAAAUGCAUAAGUUUGC